AAUCAGUCUCAAGCGGUUUGUCGAUUGAGUAAGUUAGUUCGUGUCAAAAGUGCUCGUUCGCACACCUUUCACGCGAUUCAUACUUCUUUCUCAGCUCUCCCAUUUUGUUCAAGCGAUUUUUUCUGCUGUACGUAUCAUAUAAACAUAUAGAUUCCACACUGAUUUCACAUUUCAAUUGAUAUUAAUGGAACAGAUGUAAAGGUGACGUGCAUUCAACACAGGCUAUUGUCGUCGAUUGGAGAGUCUAACCAUUGGAACAAUUUGUUUGCUGUACACGAUAAAAAAGAAGAAGCAAAGAGACGCACACGAAUGACUGCAGCAUGAGCAAUUAUGCGAAUAUUCUAGAGUUUCAAACAUGGAUUGUCUACCAACGUGUCGCGAUUGAUUGUGCCGGUUGCUUGUAACACACAAUUUUCUUUCGUUCACAAUCCGACGUUUUUUUGAGUUAAUUCAAGUGUACGUUUCAUUCAUUACGAGUCACAUUUUGAUUUGCUUUGAACGAGAGAGUUCGUCUUAUCAAACGAGAUUUUAUCAUUUUGUUUUUGGUUUAUCGGGUAUUCCAAUGGUAGAAAAAGUCAUGACGGAAAAUGCUUUUCGAGCACGAGAUAUUGGGCUUCGGGCACAGAAGAAAAUCCUAUCAAGGAUGGCCACAAAAACGAUUGCUAAAACAUUUAUUGACGGAACGACAGCCGCGUUGCUCGACAACAUCUAUCGACUGGCCAAGUUGCACACGGGUAAUAAGAAGGAAGCCGAACGCCUGGUGAAGAAUAUCAUAAAGAUCGUCAUCAAAAUUGGCAUACUACACCGGAACAAUCAAUUCAAUAAUGACGAGCUGAAAGUGGUUGAAAAAUUCCGAAAUAAAUUUCAGAAUACUCAAAUGGCCGUCAUUUCAUUCCAUGAGGUGGAAUUCAGUUUCGACUUACCAUACUUGCAGAAAUCCCUGGAUGAAUCUCAUGCGGCAUUGAAAACCAUCGUCGAGCGGCAUCUAACCGAAAAAUCACUUGGCCGAAUUGACGAAGUGUUUGCAUUUUUCAACGAUCCCAAACUACUGGAGACCUGCUUUCGCAUCGAUUCUCCGUAUCGAGAAGUGGUUACCGCCAUCGUCAAGGAUUUGAACAGUGCAAUGGACAGCGGAGAUAUUUAAUCGAAAAAUGCUCGUCAUCGCACAAAUACUACUAUCUACACAAAACACUCACAAUCACAUGUAGCCAUAGAUUUACACACAUUUGUAAAAGUUUUUUUUGCGUUUUUUCCCCUUCGUUAAUAAGUUAUUUUGAAUUUUGUUUUCUAAUUUAUAUUCAUUGUAUAUGUUAAGUGUUUUGUAUGGAGUCAUGAAUGGGGACGAUGUAGCUACGACAAUUCGUAUACUUUCAAAUGAUAUUAGAUUAGAUAAUGUGGUUUCAGACAAAGAUGUUUUUUGUUUUCGUCCCUCAAUGUUUGGAAUUGAGUGCAACAACAUCAACAUAUCAUGGCCUUAUCAAAGCAUCAAUAUUACGAAACAAGACAGAAUGACAUUUGUUUCUUGAACUCAUUUAGAUUUAUCAAUAAUUGAUGGAUUGUAAAUGUUACGAGUGCAUCGUAAAUAACAACACCUCCGUCGGAGGUACUCCGAGUAAUAAGUCUCGCCAGAAAAAAAGUGAGGUCGAUUUUAUAUAGCUUGCAUGGAAUUAAUGUUCCACAAGUUGAUAGCUUUUCAGUCACACAUUUGACACCCAAUUGCGUCCAAAAUGAGUUUUUUUUUCAGAUUUCUAUUUUUGGUGGUAUUAUUAAUAACGAUUGUUAUGACAACAAGUGGAACGAUAUUUAGUGGAAUGUUAUUUGGACCAAAAUUCUUUUGAAACCUUAAAUUCGAAUUUAACUCAUAUUUUGGCUCCAAAAUUUAUUGUUGGAGUUGAAUAUUGCUCUGGCAAAAACAACAUAAAACAUAUUAACCAAACCGUCUAUGAAACAGACAAUUGAAUGUCUAUAUAUUAUUGAGAGAAAAAGCAUCAACUGAAUGUAUGAAUAUGUGUUCAACUAUUUUUUCGAAACAGAAAUAAACACGAGGAACAGAGUCUAUUCAAACUCAGUGGAAUCAAAUGUGUCCCCUUUUUUCUGUGUAAGAUUAUUUUUCACAAAGUGAUCGAAACUGGUCAACAUAGUAUAUUUUUAUUCUAGAUAAAUAUAUUUCGUGAAAUUUAAUUUAGGUGAUUUAAGCACACAUACACACUCACAUAUGAACCGUUGCGACAAACAAAUUCCCUCAGAAUAUUUUAGUUUCAAAGUGCAACAUGGAAUUUUUUUUAUAACAAUGGAUGUAUACAAUUUGUCCAUUUUAGAAAUAUGUCAAAUAAAAACUGAAUAAAAUGAAUGUCUGUAAA